GGCCACACUGACGCAACGCGCCCCGACCCCAAGGCCCUCCGGGCCGCCGCCGCCCGCAGCUCCAUGCCUCUGCCACGCGUGCCGUCACGCAGAUCUGGAGGCACACCUCUCCACGGCCCAGCGCCCCGCGCCGCAUGCUGACCGCACCGACCCACGCGCCCGCGCUUCGCAGCAGGCUCUCCCGCCGGCGCCCUGAACCGCCCCUGCUUCGCCCAGGCUCGCGCUCAUCCCCUGCUCGCGCUCAUCCUUUGGGAGCUGCAGUUCCCAAUCGAAGCAGCAGCAGCAGCAGCUCCUUUUCGAGCUGCCAUCCUCAAUCGAAGGAAUCAAGCGGCUCCUCUCCGAGUCUCGGUUCGAAAUCCAAGCGGCUCCUUUUUUUAGCGGCAAUCCGGAAUCAAAGCAGUCCUUCCCGGGCUGCAAUCAGAAACAGGUCCUGUUUCAGUUUUAAUAUAAGUCUCCGAGCUGCUGCUAUAAAUCUGGUCUGGCGGCAACCCUAGUACUCCCUUGGGCGGCCGACUGCCAGAUCGAUGGCCAAACCAUCCGUGGACGGCCUCGGCAAAUCCUCCCUCGAUAUGGUGGAGGACGAUGAAGUUGACAGGCUCAGUAAGUUGCCCGAUGACGUUUUGCUCAACAUUGUGGAGCGACUUGAUAUCGCUGAUGCUGCACGAGCCACCAUCCUCUCCAGACGCUGGAAGCAGAUCCCUGCUAUACUCUCAAAGAUUGUUAUAAUGGUUGCUUCUUUUCAACCCAAGCAUGAAGGUGGGAAGUUAACCUCGGAUGAUAUAGUUCGGGCCAACACCAACGUGCUGGAAGCAACGAGGAGCAUACUGGAAAAGAGGGCCGGAAGUCCACACACCAUUCACCUGCUGCGCAUGCAAUUCUACUUGGGAGACGAGUCCAUUUUCAUUGGUCGGACUGUUGCCAACACCAUAGCAACACACAAGGUUGCUUCAGUUGAGUUUACAAUCUUGACCAAGGUGCGCACAAAUUUUACCAAUAAUAACCUGCUCACUCAUGGGAGGCAGUUCAUGUCAUUCCUUGAUUCGUGUCCAAACGCAUUUGGUGGUCUUGCACGCCUCACGCUAGAGAAUUUGAGGUUAGGAGAAUCAGACUUUCCCAAAAUUUUCAGUAUAUGCAAGCAACUCGAGGUCCUCUGCCUCUACCACUGUGAUAUGGGCAUUGAGUCUUUGCUGGAAGUGGAACACUCACAACUCAGUGAACUGGUGAUUGGCCGUAGCGUGCUUAUUAAGAGGGUUGAUCUGAAGUGGGUACCAAAACUCACAGUACUGAAAUUUAAUAUGUUUCGAUCUCAAGAUGACCCCUUCUGUCUUGGCUAUGUCCCACUUCUCCAGACUGUGAGCAUCAUUAAUACUGGUUUUUCUUGGCACAAGAUGCUCAAGAUAAGUGAGUUGCUGGGUGAAACCGCCAUAAGCAACCUGCAUUUGAACUUCAAAAGUGAAAAGAUUUGGGUCAAGCCGGAAGGUCGAAGACAAUUGUUACCAGUGUUACACAAGCUAAGGCUUGUGAAUUUGAUUAACAUUUCUGAAGAAUGCGAUCUGAGUUGGAUAAUGUUCAUACUUCAAGGUGCACCCACCCUUAAGGAACUACGCAUCUUGGUGCGGGACCAUUUAUGUGAAAUGGUAACGGGGGAGCGGAGAAAAAAGUAUGCCUUUAGCGAGGAGAAGGACAAGGGACUAGAGUGGGAACCAUCUGCAUCUGAUUUCAAGCACCACAACCUUGCCGAACUCAGAAUCUAUGGGAGGUUUGAAGCAGAAGAAAAUAUCGUGCGCUUUGCCAGGAAUGUGAUGGAAGCAGCGGUGAAUCUCGAGGACAUAAAACUUUAUAAGAGUCCAGUGUGUGAGAAUUGCAAACGCAUGCUCCAGGAGUGGACGUUGAAGGAGAAGUCGUUGCUUAGCUACAAACUCAGCAAGGGGAUGCUGUCUUCGCUCGUCCGGAUUCAGUUCCCAAGUUUAGGGGAAAUUUUUACUUGGCCAAAGUACUGGUCUUGAGCUGCAAGCUGCGUUUUUUUUUUUGAGGGGUUGCAAGCUGCAGUUGACAGGAGUUGUUGUAUGCAUCGAUUAAUCGUCACUAGUCAACCUUUUAAAUUAUUUCUGUUUUGAGAUUGUACUGAGUCGAGGAGGAUAAGGAGUAACUCUUGACAUUAGUGUGAAGUAUUUUGGCAAAUGAAAGUUUCGGAUGUGUUAUUCGUGGCAAA